CCUCAGCACCGUUCCAGUCCUUCAACCCAACAACAACAACAACCACCCAUUGUAAGAUAAAGAGCAGGAAAAAAAAUACAGAAGAAAAUAGAGUCCUUCACGUGAGAAGGACAUCACUACCAGCGUCACACACAAUUAUCCCACCAUUAUCCUGCCUGGGUAACACUUAUCCAUUCACCUUUUGGGAGUGUUGUGAUGGAAGGCCUUGGAGGAAGCUAUCUAUAUCCGAAUGAUAGCCGACAACAGCAACCUGAAUGGGGACGUGAUCGUCCAAUUACCUUUGAAGAUCUUGGAAUACCGAGGUUUCAGGCUACCCGUUCUACAGUCCUUGGCAAUAUACGAACUUGCCAGUCUCUCCAGUUUUUAGAGUGGAUACUGCUUAUUGGAGGCUUAUUAUCAACAUUUUUGACAAUUGGCUUAGCAAUCUAUCGAUUGUUCUUCUUAUCACCUGGCGCAUCGGACUAUGUAUUUGCUAUGUUGCUGAUCUUUCACUCUGCCUUCUGCAUAAUUUACAUCUUAGAUGGAGUGUUUCGGGAACAGGCAUUUGAGAUAGUGGCAUUCGUGGCAUCAUGUGUCAUCCUGAUUGUCUACGUUGUGAUCAACUUUGUUAAAGAUUCUACCUCCACAUCGGAUAUAUUCAAAUUGGUUCGUCUUGUAUUCACUCUAGUUUUUGGUACUAGUAUGGGAGGAGUUGGACUGGUCCUCGGAUACAGUUAUUGGCAGUCUCAGAACCUCAUCUUCAGAACUGUGGGUGCAGAUAGUACUAUCCAAACUAUGUGUAGAUCCCUCUUCACUGCCAUUACCCUCAUUCUCUUUGACACUCAGAUAGUGGGUAGCGUAGUCAUCAUGGCACUUCACCAUGGUAUUACACAGCUUCAGCUUGAGGAGGUGCUAACCCUCAGUAUGGGUUUUCCAAUGUUAACAGCUUGGGGAGUCAUUGCAUACCUGGCGUUACGGCUGGAGAGCGGCUACUUCUUCUCUGUUGCAAUGAUGUUGAGCCCUUGUCAUAUAGCAUUUGCUUUACUUGCCAUAAUACAGACUGCACUGAACCAUGGAUCAAGCCUAAUUGCUGAAUGCCGGUAUGCAGCCAGUGCAGGAAGUAUUAUAGUACAUAUACUCUUGAUUGUUCUUAUGGUCAAAUGUUAUCGGAACUUUGGACUAGGACUAAAAGAAAAAGUAUACCCAAGUCAGUCCGACAGGAAUACAACACAAACUAGUGGCUUGGUUCAGUAAUCUUGCUAAGUGAAAGACUUCAGCAGUUACUUGUACUAGUAAAGUACACUUUUGAACUAGCUUCCUUUUCCAUGAGAGUUGUAGUUUUAAGAAUAGAUUUUAUUUGCAAGUCCAAAGACUAUGAACAUAGCUUAUUUUUACUUUAUCAUAGAAGUAGGUAGACAUGGUAAUAUGCAAGGUAUGCAUGUCAUGUAAAAUAAUUAUUUUAUUGCUUGCAUAUUCAUUAAAUGCAAUAUAUUUUAGAUAAACUAGUACUGAAACAGCUCUUCCUUACUCCACACAGCUGAGCAGUGAUUGCACAGACCAAAAAACAGUGAUAUGUAUCUUAUUUUAUAUAGAUGUGUUUUUUGGAUGAGAGAAAUCAUAUUUUAUGGCCAGCUUUAAUAGCACUUGCCAUGUUUAAUAUGACCAGACCAACUUUAUAAGCAUAAAUACAGCUUGUUUUAUAUAAAUGUCAGCAGUAUCUGCAGACAGUGUUGUAUAGUUUGGUGCUGAUGUGUGUGCAUGCGUUAAUUUAUAAAAUAGAAAUUUAAUGUUUGUGUUGUAUUAGAAUUUGUACAACUUGCAAUAAAUUUUGUAUAAAAUUCUGGGGCCAAUUGUGAUAAAGUAUUUUAAGUUGAUCGUAUUAUUAAAAAAUAUAUGAAACUCAUAUAGGUCACACAGCACUGUCAUGUUAAGUACGUAUGUUGUACCAGUGUGAUACAGUAUGUAUUAACCUUUGAAGAACUAUGGAUAUUUUUACUUUUUAUUGUAAUUGAAAUGUUUAGGAUUAAAUAACAAGAAUACAUACAGCAAUGUUUAUUUUCUAAUGUAUUUAAUUAUAAAACAGUUCAGAAACAUAUUUAUGUAAAUUACACAUUGAGCUUUAUACAGUGUGUUUGCUGUUAAUGUCCAAUGGAAUGAUUUUUUUUUGCUAUCAGUCCCUUUUUUUUUAUUAUUAUUAUUUUACAAUAGUAGUACACUAAGAUUCUUGAGUGAGCACCUCUGCCAAUGAGCACCUCAUAUAGGCAGUGAUUCCUUCCCACCUGAUAAAUGUUUAUCACUUAUACUGUGUAGUUUUACCAUAAAUUCUUUAAACAAAAAAUCUGAUUUCUUUCCAUCAUCAGAGACAUUUAACAUCUGAAGAGUUUUACUCUUGCAAUAUUAGUAGUAAAUGGCAAAAAGUCAACAAAUGAAAAAUAAGACAUAAAGCCUUUUAUGUAAUAAUGUUAAAUAAUACCCAACAACAGGCAAAAAUGUCAUUAAAUAAAAGGCUUUC